AUGGCACAUUCCAUAGCCACCUGCUUUAAAAUUCUUGCUGUGCCAGUCAGUCGUCCAGUUGCAGAAAGGCGUAUGAAUGAGGACCGAAUCUGGAGUCGGGACUUCGGCUCUUCGGCUCUUCGGCUCUACCGCUAUCGGAUUGCUACUGCUCGAGCGUCACCAUCGAGAAAGGAUCCCUCCCUUAUACGACCCCCAAGGACGACAGAUCCUAACACUAUUGGACGCGCUGCAGAUCCAGUUCGUUACCGUUAUUCACUAUAG